AUGCCGGGCUUUGCAGAUUCGUUCUGGUCGGCAGACUACGCCGCAGGACUGGGGGUGCUGUUUGGCAAGCUGCAUCAGGGUGUGCAGGAGAACCGACAAGUUAUGACCAUCGCUCGAAUGCGCGCCGAGGCAGAAGAGGUCUAUGGACAGCGUUUAGCAGAUAUCGCACCCACAGCGGACAAGAUCACGGGUGGCUUCUCGCGCGACGAUGGCGCCAGCACACGAAAAGCCUACGAUGGCGUGCGGACCGAGAUGGAGGAUGCAGCCAAGAGUCAUAGAAAGAUUGCACAGAGCAUACGAGACCUCGUGGUGAACCCGUUUGCAAGAUGGUGUGAUGCUCACGAAUCUCGCAUACAGGAGUCGCAAGAUGAACUGCAGGCGCGUAUCAAGGCCCACGACCGCCAAGCCGAGGCUAUCAAGAAGUUGCGCAGCACCUACUUCAACAAGUGCCGUUUGGUGGAAGACCUCGAGGAGGAGAACAAGCUCGCUUUCCAGGAUCCUGAGACCAGUCCCAAGCCGGCCACUCAGGUCAUCCCCGAGAUAAUGGUCUCGGAGAAUAAAGAAGUCGAGGAAGACGACGAGGAAGUGUAUGAGAUCGGCGACGAGACAUACCAGCUGGAACAGAUCAAGAAGAUACUCGCUCACAUGCUCAACACCAUCCAGAUCGGCGAGACCAAGGUGCCCAUUCUGGGAACCUACCUCAACACCUCAGCUGGCUCCGACAUUGUCGAGUACCUGCAACGGCACAUGGGCACUACGACUGUGAGCUAUGCCGAGCGCAUAGGUCAGGAUCUGGUUCAAAACGGGUUUCUUCGUCUGGUUGGUAACGUGGGCAAUAACUUCGCCAACAGCUCCAAGCUUUUCUACCAAUGGCGUCCAAAAGCUUUCCAACUGUCGGGCGUACCGGAGAAGAAGGCGCCCAUGGCCAGGACAUUCUCCCUGCCUACAUCGACCGAGAGUGGAGACAACUCGCCUGUUGUCGGAGUUAUGAGCGAGUACUUAGCCGGCUGGAACGUUCUCAACAAUCAGCAUCCCAACGAGACUCCCCCCGAGCGUCUGCGCCGCGAGGCAAGGGAGGCUGAUGAAAAGUAUAAGGACGGCGUCCGCAAGCUCGACGAGAUGCGCUGCGAGCUUGAAGAGGCCAUCUUCGUACACCUCAGGUUCCUCGAGCGUUGCGAGUUGGACAGACUAAAGGCCAUCAAGACUGUUAUCCUCGAUUUCUCGGGCACCAUUGGCAAUGUCAUUCCCAGCCUGCAAGCAACUGUGGAUCACAUGGUCUUGUAUCAAGAGACCGUGCAGCCACUGGGUGACUUGCGUUACCUACUUGAGAAUUACCGCACGGGAAGCUUUUCUCCCAAGGUUGUAACGUACGAAAACUACUACAACAAGGUGGACGAGCAGACGUUCGGCGUAGACCUGGAGGCUCGCGCGAGGGCAGACAAAAAGCGGGUGCCUGUCAUCAUCACGACCCUCUUGACGUACCUCGACAACCACUACCCUAACUUGGAUGGCGACGAGGCUCGACGAAACGUCUGGUUGGCAGAGGUUCCGCUUGCGCAAACCCACAAGCUAAGGGCCAAGAUCAAUAACGGCAAACCAUUCUCCCCUGAAGUCCUAUCUGACUUUGAUAUCCCGACGGUUACAAGCGUGCUUAAGCUCUAUCUUCUGGAACUGCCUGACUCGUUGGUCUCAUCUCACGUCUAUGAGAUCAUCAGAACGAUCUAUACCACGCCCACUGCAGACGCAACAGAACCAGCCCGCAUCAGCGUCCUCCAACAAACACUAUCUCAACUCCGCCUCACUAAUAUUGCGACACUGGAUGCAUGCAUGAACCACUUCACCCGCCUCAUCGACCUCACUUCAGCCGAUGAGCAGUAUAUUGCGGCGUUGGCCACCUCGCUGGCACCCUCGAUCCUGCGGCCGCGUACCGAAACAUCGCUCACGCUCGAAGAGAAGCAUGCCUACCGUCUUAUCCGCGACCUCUUCGCCCACAAAGACGCCAUCUUCUCCGAGUUGAAGCGCAUGUCAUCGGUCUCGCACACAGGAUCCGUAACCUCGAACAACCGGCCUCGGGCCAUCAGCACCGACGAGAGCAACAGACGUGCGCACAUGGAGGAACGCCAACGUGCUCUGCUGGAGAAAGUCGGCGGACGUUCUAGAGCCACUAGUCCGGCGCCCAGCCCGAGGCACAGGCGCGACCGAAGCGUAGGCGGCGCCGAGACAAGAUUCCCUAUCCAGACCAGCCCCACGACGACCACCGAACGCAACCGCUUUAGCGGUCCCACGAAACGUGCAAGUCUAGAGGUCCCUGAUGUCACUGGCCCCGUCCCCGUGCACUCCGACGUGAACGGUAUGAACGGCGACGUCAAGGCGGACGGAGAAUCUCCCGCCAGCAGCAGUGUCGCCGAGAAACGGAACAGCUUGAACCGAAAUAGCGUGCGGUUUGAGCGCGGAAGACGGGUGACGCCUGCCGCUGCGGGAACGCCCUCGACGCCGACCGUGGGCGAGGAGAAAAUCCCGGCUACCCAUGGCGUCCAGCUGGUGGAUGCGCCUAUGGAUGAUUAG